CAGCAGGCAGGCAGUCAGCUCUUUCUAACAGGGGAUCCCCCUGCCAAGCCUCCUUCUCAGGCAUCCAGUCCAGGCCCCAGGGUUUCCUCCUCCCCCAGCCACAUUUCCCAACCCCAAUUAAUCACAGGGUGGCCCCAGGGAGGAGGAAGGCGAUGACAUGGCUAACCAUAAAGAAGCAGGGACAGCAGAGCCGGACGCCAGGACCCAGGCACCCAGAGGUCAUGAAGCUGGGGUUUGUCUGUGCUCUGCUUUCUCUGCUGGCAGGGAACAGCCGGGCAGACACCAGAGCCAUUGGGGCUCAGGAAUGCCACCCCAACUCGCAGCCCUGGCAGGCAGGCCUCUUCUAUGUCACGGGGAACCCCUACCGCUUACUGUGCGGGGCGACCCUCAUCAGUGACCGCUGGCUGCUCACAGCUGCCCACUGCCGAAGGCCGUAUCUGUGGGUCCGCCUCGGGGAGCACCACCUCCAGAAAAGGGAGGGCCCAGAGCAGCUGUUCCGGGUCACGGACUUCUUCCCCCACCCCGGGGAUGACGUCAUGCUGAUCCGCCUGCCCAGGAAGGCACGCCUGGAACCUGCCGUGCAGCCCCUCAACAUCAGCCAGACCUGCGUCUCCCCGGGCACCCAGUGCCUCAUCUCGGGCUGGGGGGCCGUGUCCAGCCCCAUAGUGCAUUUCCCAGUCACGCUGCAGUGUGCCAACAUCAGCAUCCUGGAGCCCAGACUCUGCCGGUGGGCAUACCCAGACCACAUCUUCAAGCGCAUUCUCUGUGCUGGCCUGUGGGAGGGGGGCCGCGGCUCCUGCCUGGGCGACUCUGGGGGCCCGCUGGUUUGCAACGGGACUCUGGCUGGUGUGGUGUCUGGGGGCUCUGGGCUCUGCUCCCGACCACAGCAUCCCGCCGUCUACAGUAGCGUUUGCCACUACGUGAAGUGGAUCAGAAAGACGAUGAAAAAACACUGA